AUGACCAAUUUAUUUUUGAACUCAAUUUCCCAUAGAAAAACCGCCUUUUAGUAGCUGGACAAUAGUCAGAAAAGAGGAGCAUUCUCAUCGUAACACACAUAUUCUCUCUUCUUCUUCUAUUACAAAUUUUGCAAUACACAAAAAGAGUAAAAACACAACAAAACAUGGAAGGCUCUCCUCUAAGCUCUCAACACCACAAGGAUCAAGAAUUCAAUCUAAGAGAAUGGCAUCUUCGAGCUCGAAUUAGUCGAGAUAACACGAAUUCGAGAAGGCAUUCUGCUUCUUAUAUUAGAAGCUUUAGAGAGGAAUCAGGGGUUUCAUUCAAGUCCAAUUUCACCAUUUCUAGCACUGCCUCUUCCCCUGGUUACCACUUGAAAGAUGAAAUUGAUCCUUCAACAUACUCAUUCACCACAGCUCUCAAAGCAUUACAAGCAAAAUCAGGAUAUCUAUGGGAAUGUGUAUCACCAGAAGGAUUUUCAUUAAACUCAAAAUGGGAUGAAGCAGAGAGAUAUAUAUGCAACCCAUUAUCAGGGGAAGUUCCAAUGGAAUGUUUAUCAGCCAAAACGCUAAGUGGGAGGUCGUUUCGAAGUCACAUGGCUAGUAGAGUUACUAUGUCAGCUCCUCUCAUUUAUUCAAUGAAACAAAGAAGAGCUAGUUUUAAUGACAAUCUUUCUUAUAAUAAUAAUAAUAAUAAGCCACCUAUUGUGACUGUUAUUAAGGAACAACUAGUUCAACUUCCAUCUCUUGGACAAGAAGAUAGGAAAAUAGGGGGGAGCAAAACAAGGGAUGUGGGAACACAAAGUACACCUCCAGAGGGAAGUUCAAGUAGCCCAAGCCCAACAUCAACUCCUUCAAUCAAGGAGAGAAUGAUAAAACGUUUUGAAGAUAAUGAAGAUGGAGAUACUACACAGAAUUCAAGCUCUAGCAUUAAGCUUAAUCCUGUGGAAGAGUGUACGAUGCAGGUAGAAGUGAAAAUAACAAGGGAGAAAGAAGAAACAAAAAGAAGAACAAAAGAACAACGCAAGCAAAAGAAGGACAAGAAGAAAACAGAGCAAUUUUGCAUUUGCAGGCAAAAUAAUGGUUGUUUCCAAUUAUCAUGGAGUAGUUUGUGGAUGAAUAAGAGAAGAGAGGGUAAAAAACAAGCCCUAAAUAAUUAAGCUACUUAAAUAAAUAAAUAAAGAGGGUUUUGGAUAAAAUUCUUUGUUUUUUGGGAGAUAAUAGUAGCGGCGAAGCUAUAUUGUAUAAUGCGGGUUCAUGUUCCAAUGAACCUAAUUGGUUGUUUUAUGUGAUCCAAAUUCCUAUAUGGAUCUCGUAAUUAAAAUAAAAAUAUUAUAAGUUUGUUA